UAUCACGUAUCAGUAUUUUUAAUAGUGUGUUUAAUUAAUUCUCGAUUUGGAAGCCGAGAAGAAAAAAGUCGUCUGUGAGCCUUUAUUGUGAAAUAUCAAAUAAUACAAUGCCUAGACGUAAAAAAGGAGGAGAUCUUGCCAGUUCUGCAGCGAAACGGCGGAAACAAAAAGAACAUAGAAGAAAUGAAACGGAAGAAGAGCGCGAAGCACGUUUACAAAAUCAACGAACUAGGAUGAGAACUCUGAGAAGCACAAAAAAUGAAGAAAGAAAAGAGAACGAAAGUAUAGAAGAAUCGAGAACUUUAAAAGAUAAUUUAACAAAGGAAGCAUUCCACUACGAACCGACGAAAAAAUAUUACAAUCAUAAACAUGUUGUGAUCGGAAAAAUGGAUAACAUUUGCCAAUUUUGCCACGCGAAAAAAUUCAGUAAAGAAACAGCAGGUCUCUGUUGCAUGAAUGGAAAAAUUCGACUACCACCACUGGAAGCACCUCCACAGGAAUUUCUACAUUACAUGACCGGGGAAACACAAGAAUCAAAACACUUUCUUCAAAAUAUAAGAUUAACCUCAAAGAACCCUGCUUCUCUCACGGUCAGCUAUAUGUAGCUUGCUCAAGGGUAGGAAAUCCGAAAAAUCUAUAUAUAUAUAUAUAUAU